UUUUGAUAUCCUGUCGUUUUGACAGCUUCUGGAAGUGAGGUGUGUAGAAAAGAAAAAUCCAUUUCGAAGCUAACAGGGCUAUCGAGCUAGCAGACGAGUGUCUGUGAGCUACAGGAGCCUUUGUUUUGUUGUUGUGUGAGCCGCUGAGAUGACGGAGCUGAGGCGCCGAGGAGCCAAAGACGCCGAACUCCAGCAACACCCGUCAGAGGACAAGGGUUCAGACAGUGAACUGAAGGCGGAAAAAGAUGGUGUGUCAGACAGCGAGUCCAAAGUCGACACGGGGGUUCCUGAGGUGCCGGUUCCUCCUGAUGACACGCCAGAAGUUCUAAACAAAGCUCUGUCUGGACUCUCCUCACGAUGGAAGAACUGGUGGGUACGAGGGAUCCUCACACUAGCCAUGAUCUCCUUCUUCUUCAUCAUAAUCUACCUUGGCCCCAUGGUACUGAUGAUGAUUGUUCUCUGUGUUCAGAUCAAGUGCUUCCAUGAAAUCAUCACCAUCGGCUACAGCGUGUACCACUCCUACCAUCUACCCUGGUUCAGAACACUGAGCUGGUACUUCUUGCUGUGUGUCAACUACUUCUUCUACGGUGAGACGGUGACGGAUUACUUUUUCACUUUGGUGCAGAGGGAGGAGCCACUUCGCAUCCUCAGCAAAUAUCACCGCUUCAUCUCCUUUGCCCUCUACCUCACAGGUUUCUGCAUGUUUGUGCUGAGUUUGGUGAAGAAGCAUUACCGCCUUCAGUUCUACAUGUUUGGUUGGACCCAUGUGACUCUGCUGAUUGUGGUGACUCAGUCUCAUCUAAUCAUUCACAACCUGUUUGAAGGGAUGAUCUGGUUUAUUGUUCCCAUUUCCUGCGUGAUCUGUAAUGACAUCAUGGCGUACAUGUUUGGUUUCUUCUUUGGCCGCACCCCUCUCAUCAAGCUGUCACCGAAAAAGACUUGGGAGGGCUUCAUUGGUGGAUUCUUUGCCACCAUUAUGUUUGGCAUCCUGCUUUCCUACGUAAUGUCGGGCUAUCGCUACUUUGUGUGUCCGGUGGAAUUCAACAAUGACUCCAACAGCUUCCAGGUGGACUGUGAGCCUUCAGAGCUCUUCCAGCUCCAGGACUAUGCGCUGCCUGGUGUCCUGGAGUCCAUCACCGGAUGGAGCAACGUGCGUCUCUACCCAUUCCAGAUCCACAGCAUCGCACUGUCCUCCUUCGCCUCCAUUGUGGGGCCAUUCGGUGGUUUUUUCGCCAGCGGCUUCAAGAGGGCUUUCAAGAUCAAGGAUUUUGCCAACACCAUUCCGGGUCACGGAGGCAUCAUGGAUAGAUUUGACUGCCAGUAUCUUAUGGCCACAUUUGUCAACGUCUACAUUGCAAGUUUCAUCAGGGGUCCGAACCCCAGCAAGGUGAUCCAGCAGCUCCUCGCCCUUCGUGCUGAUCAGCAGCUUUUCAUCUUCAACUCGUUGAAGACUCACCUGACAGAGAAGGGUCUACUGCCGCUGCUUGAGGAGGCCGCCGCCUAGCCACACACCCCCUUGCCAUCAGGGGGCGACAGGCAGGUAGCACCUGAGUGGCAGCUCCCGGAGACUCACUGCAUUUUGUGAGAGCCAGAACAUCCCCAAAAGGGUGGGGGGGGAAUGACAACUGUAGGUCAUUUCAUUUCAUGGUGUGGGUGUGAGGCUUGUGCACAUUUACUUUCAAACGUGCACAGGCGUUGUUUUCAUGUUCAGUGAAUUAUUAUUAUAAACAUUUUUUCCCUUCAAGCUGGUUUGUAUCCAGUCACACUGUUAAUUAUCAGCACACCUGAGUUUGAAGCACAGAAUUAGAAAUGCAUUAAG